GAGUACUCUGGUUCAUGAGUAUCAUAUUGUACUACUGGUGUUCACCAAUGUGCUGUUUAGUAUCCCUGAGACUCUUCGCUGAUGGAAGGAAUGUCUCCUGUGCUAUCGAAAAAGUCGCCAUCUGAGGAUUCCUCUCCAUCUGAGACAAAGAAAGGAGUAUAUUUAACAGAAUCUUCUCUUGGCAUAAAUCAUUUGGUGGAGUUAUAUUUGAAACAAGUGUUUCUAGGCUUCAGGACUGGUGCUUUUGGACAUCUAGAGUCUUGAGAGUCCGAUUGGUCAGUCAUGCUAGCUCUUGGGAGCUCUGGAACACUUGUAGUGCUUUGAGCAUGAGCAAAUUGAGCUUGGUCUUCAAAAUAAAAGUUCAUCUUUAG